GGCCGGGGCGCGGGCCCGGCGGCAGGCGUUAGGGCGGCGAUGCGGGCACGGGCCCGGGGGCGCCUGCCCCGGCGGCUGCUGCUGCUGCUUCUGGCGCUCUGCGUGCAGGCGGCAUGGCCCAUGGGCUAUUUCGAGCUGCAGCUGAGCGCGCUGCGGAACGCGAACGGGGAGCUGCUGAGCGGCGCCUGCUGUGACGGCGACGGCCGGACGACGCGCGCGGGGGGCUGCGGCCACGACGAGUGCGACACGUACGUGCGCGUGUGCCUCAAGGAGUACCAGGCCAAGGUGACGCCCACGGGGCCCUGCAGCUACGGCCACGGCGCCACGCCCGUGCUGGGCGGCAACUCCUUCUACCUGCCCCCGGCGGGCGACCGGGCCCGGGCGCGAGCCCGUGCUGGUGGCUACCAGGACCCGGGUCUCGUCGUCAUACCCUUCCAGUUCGCCUGGCCGCGCUCCUUCACCCUCAUCGUGGAGGCCUGGGACUGGGACAACAGCUCCACCCCGGAUGAGGAACUGCUGAUUGAGCGGGUGUCGCACGCGGGCAUGAUCAACCCCGAGGACCGCUGGAAGAGUCUGCACUUCAGUGGCCACGUGGCGCACCUGGAGCUGCAGAUCCGCGUGCGCUGUGAUGAGAACUACUACAGCGCCACCUGCAACAAGUUCUGCCGGCCGCGCAACGACUUCUUCGGCCACUACGCCUGUGAUCACUAUGGCAACAAGGCCUGCAUGGACGGCUGGAUGGGCAAGGAGUGCAAAGAGGCCGUGUGUAAACAGGGAUGUAACCUGCUCCACGGGGGAUGUGCUGUGCCUGGGGAGUGCAGGUGCAGCUACGGCUGGCAGGGGCGGUUCUGUGAUGAGUGUGUCCCAUACCCUGGCUGUGUGCACGGCAGCUGCGUGGAGCCCUGGCAGUGCAACUGUGAGACCAAUUGGGGCGGCCUGCUCUGCGACAAAGACCUGAAUUACUGUGGCAGCCACCACCCUUGCACCAAUGGGGGCACAUGCAUCAACGCCGAGCCCGACCAGUACCACUGCGCCUGCCCUGACGGCUACUCGGGCAAGAACUGUGAGCAGGCUGAGCAUGCCUGUGCCUCCAACCCAUGUGCCAAUGGGGGCUCAUGCCAUGAGGUGCCCUCCGGAUUCGAAUGCCACUGCCCAUCUGGCUGGAAUGGGCCCACUUGUGCACUGGACAUCGACGAGUGUGCCUCCAACCCGUGUGCAGCAGGGGGCACCUGCGUGGACCAGGUGGACGGCUUUGAGUGCAUCUGCCCCCAGCAGUGGGUGGGGGCCACCUGCCAGCUGGACGCCAAUGAGUGUGAAGGGAAGCCGUGCCUUAAUGCUUUUUCUUGCAAAAACCUGAUUGGUGGCUAUUACUGUGAUUGCAUCCCGGGCUGGAAGGGCGCCAACUGCCACAUCAACAUCAAUGACUGCCGCGGGCAAUGUCAGCACGGUGGCACCUGCAAGGAUCUGGUGAACGGCUACCAGUGCCAGUGCCCACGGGGCUUUGGCGGCCGGCACUGCGAGCUAGAGCUGGAUGAGUGUGCCAGCAGCCCCUGCCGCAGCGGCCUCUGCGAGGACCUGGUCGCCGGCUUCCGCUGCCACUGUCCCAAGGGCUUCUCGGGGCCACUGUGUGAGGUGGACGUCGACUUAUGUGAGCCAAGCCCAUGCCAAAACGGCGCCCGCUGCUACAACCUGGAAGACGACUAUUACUGCGCCUGCCCCGACCACAUGGGCGGCAAGAACUGCUCGGUGCCCCGGGAGCCGUGCCUGGGCGGGGCCUGCAGAGUGAUCGACAGCUGCGGGUUGGAUGCCGGGCCCCGCGCGGCGGGCGCCACCGCCUCCGGAGUGUGCGGCCCGCACGGGCGCUGCGUCAGCCAGCCUGGGGGGAACUUCUCCUGCGUUUGUGACAGCGGCUUCAUGGGCACCUACUGCCACGAGAACAUCGACGACUGCGUGGGCCAGCCGUGCCGCAACGGGGGCACGUGCAUCGACGAGGUGGACGCCUUCCGCUGCUUCUGCCCCAGCGGCUGGGAGGGCGAGCUCUGCGACACCAAUCCCAACGACUGCCUUCCCGAUCCCUGCCACAGCCGCGGCCGCUGCUACGACCUGGUCAGCGACUUCUACUGCGCAUGUGAUGAUGGGUGGAAGGGCAAGACCUGCCACUCACGCGAGUUCCAGUGCGACGCCUACACCUGCAGCAACGGCGGCACUUGCUAUGACAGCGGAGACGCCUUCCGCUGCGCCUGCCCCCCGGGCUGGAAGGGCAGCACCUGCAACGUGGCCAACAGCAGCGGCUGCCUGCCCGACCCCUGUGCUAAUGGGGGCACCUGUGUGGGCAGCGGGGACUCGUUCUCGUGCAUCUGCCGUGACGGCUGGGAGGGCCGCACCUGCACACAUGACACCAACGACUGCAACCCCCUGCCCUGCUACAACGGUGGCGUCUGCGUAGAUGGUGUCAACUGGUUCCGCUGCGAGUGCGCCCCUGGCUUUGCGGGUCCCGACUGCCGCAUCAACAUUGACGAGUGCCAGUCCUCACCUUGCGCCUAUGGGGCCACAUGCGUGGAUGAGAUCGACGGCUACCGCUGCAGCUGUCCGCCAGGCCGGUCAGGCUUACGGUGCCAAGAUGUGAUGGUGUUCGGGAGGCCCUGCUGGUGGCGGGGUGUGCCCCUCCCUCAUGGGAGCUCCUGGCUAGAGGACUGUAACAGCUGCCGCUGCGAAGACGGCCGACGGGACUGCAGCAAGGUGUGGUGUGGGCAGAAGCCUUGCCUGCUGGCCGGCCGGCCCGACACCCUGAGUGUCCUGUGCCCACCUGGGCAGCACUGCCGGGAGAAGGCUCCAGGCCAGUGCCUGCAGCCUCCAUGUGCAGCCUUGGGGGAGUGUGCUUCUGAGGAGCCCCUGCUGCCCAGCACCCCCUGCUCUCCAGGCUCCAGCUACCUGGACAAUAACUGUGCGCGCCUCACCUUGCACUUCGACCGUGACCAAGUGCCCCAGGGCACCACUGUGGGCACCAUCUGCUCAGGCAUCCGGGCCCUGCCAGCCACAAGGGCAGUGGCUCGGGACCACCUGCUCGUGCUGCUGUGCGACCGGCCAUCCUCGGCGGCCAGUGCAGUGGAGGUGGCCAUGUCCUUCAGCCCCUCGCGGGACCCACCCGACGGCAGCCUGAUCCAGGGCGCAGCUCACGCCAUCGUGGCCGCCAUCACCCAGCGGGGAAACAGCUCGCUGCUGCUGGCCAUCACUGAGGUCAAGGUGGAAACGGUCGUUGUGGGUGGCACCUCCGCAGGUGAGCAGCGUCAGGGGCCCCCUAGGCCACAGCAGCAGGCAGGAACCCUCAGGCACUCGCUGCCCGGGGGCUGGGCUGGGGCUGUGGGUGUAGCCGCCCGGCCCCCGGAGCAGAACGCCUGCUGCCCCGCUGGCAUGGAGUCCCAGAUCCACACACCCCGGUCCCAGCCCGGGCCCCCAGCCCCCACCCGGGCCCCUCCCCACAAGCCAGGAGCCAAAGGAGGUCCUGGGACUGGGUGUGCGCCUGGCAGUCCCCUCCCCGCCCCGCCCCAGGUCUGCUGGUACCUGUGCUGUGCGGCGUGUUCAGUGUGCUGUGCCUGGCCUGUGCGGUUGUCUGCGUGUGGUGGACCCGCAAGCGCAGGAAAGAGCGGGAGAGGAGCCGGCUGCCGCGGGAGGAGAGCGUCAACAACCAGUGGGCCCCCCUCAACGCCAUCCGCAACCCCAUCGGGCCGGGCGGCAGCCACAAGGACACACUCUACCAGUGCAAGGACUUCACGCCGCCGCUGUGCAGGGCUGGCGAGGCGCUGCCCGGGCCAGCGGGCCACAGGGAGGACGAGGAGGACGAGGAGCCUGGCCGUGGGGAGAGAGGCGUCCCGGAGGCCGAGAAGUUUCUGUCACACACAUUCACCAAAGACCCUGGCUGCCCUCCUGGGAGGCUGGCCCGCUGGGCCUCGGGCCCCAAAGUGGACAACCGUGCUGUCAGGAGUGUCAGCGACAAGCACUGCCUGGGCAAGGAGUAGGGCCACCGGGCUGGGACCCAGGACCCCGUGCUGGGCGCAACCCACCCAUCAGACAUGGGAGGCUGAGACUGUGUGCAUAGUUUCUUUAUUUUGUAUAAAAAAACCCACCAAAACCCAAAAACAAAUGUUUAUUUUCUAUGUUUCUUUAUCCUGUAUAAAUUAUUUGAUGACUGUCAGGCAGAGAACAAUGGAGCAUUCUCAGAUAGUUGCUAUUUUUGUAAUGUUCCGUGUGUCACACUUGCCGAGCGGCAGGAGAGAUCCAAGGGUGUCUGUGCCCCCGAACGGCUUGAUGUUUGUCCCCAGAGGUGGCGCUCUGUUUACAGAAUCUUCCUUUUUAUUCCUCAGUUGGGGUUCUCAGUGGCUCCAGGCCAAAGAGCCAGUGGGACCCGUGGUCAGGUCCAUGGCGAUGGUGGGACCCGUGGCUGUCAGUGGGCCCACUGGUGGCAUUGGUGGGACCCGUGGCCGUUUGGCAUGGCCCUUGGUAUUGGACCUGUGGCUGUUGGUGUGUCCUGAAGCUGUUGGUGGGACCCUAGUGAUGGGCGUGGCCUGUGGCUGUCGGUGGGCUCGAAGUUGUUGCGGGGCCGUGGUUGGCGUGGCCUGAGGCUGUGGGCAGACCUGGUGACUCGCCGGCCCCGCCUGCCCCCGUGCUCUGGAGGUCUCCCCACUUGUGCUUUCAGAAGUGCCCUUCCUGCCUGCUCUGUGCCCGGGAGGGCGGCAGUGCUGAAGCCUGAGACAAGUGCCUUCACACAGACCCCCUAGCAGCUGUCAGCAUUUGCCUGCGGCCCACCCGCUGGCCGGCCACCCCUCCUCGUGAAAGUGCAUUUUUGUAAAUAUGUACAUAUUAAAUGGAUCACUCUGUAUAUUUGGUUUAAUAACUUAAAGGUUUUGGCCUCUGUG